AUGGCUCUGGCGGCCCUCCCCUGUGAGCUUCUCGACAUAAUCAUUGUAUACUCUCUACCAUCAAGCUUCGAGAACUUGGCAACGACCUGCAAGCGAAUCUAUGCGCGAUGCACACCAUUUAUCAAGCGCCACAACGAGUUGCGCUACCGCUUCCAAGAUUUUUACUACGACUACGAGCGUGACAGCCUUGUGGCCGCUUCCGACCUUAUCAGCCUUAUCGCUGCUGAUCCUAUCGUCGCGCAGUAUAUUCAUACCGCAAACCUUGUCCACGACAGCAAGUUCCUCCGGCAUGCACGUGCCCGCGGUAAACCACCAAAGUCAGUACCAAGCAUCGAGGGUGGGGGAGCAAUUGUCCAACUAUUUGCCAACUCCACGUAUCUCCAGCGAGCUCGGCUUGACUGGAGGGAACACUAUACCACGUUCGCGGAGGACGUCAGAGAAAUGCGCUAUUCGCAGCACGGCAGUGUAUUUCUUUUGACCCUGCUAGGUUACACCGAGAACCUCACCAUACCGGGUUCAUGGAAACAGAAUGCCACGACGACUCGGCUGCUAGAUGUCAUUGUCAUGGAGGCUAGGAAACCCAACUUUCAGCCCUCCUCUCCCGGUCUUCGGCGAUUAACUGCUUUCCACGGUGAAUACUCGACAUCCGAGACUAACGAUUGGGGUAUGGACUGGGAUAUCUGCAAGUUUAUCAAUGCAGUAGCGCGCAAGGCUGGAAGUCAUCUUGAGGAAUUUUCGGUAACGCUUCAUGAAUCCGGCGGCUCUAUUCUCCCCGGCAAGGCAUCGACACGUGGUUUCAAGAAGUUAAAGAAGUUUGAACUUCCUCUGAAAGUUGUCACGUGCAACUUGAAUGCCGCAGGCGUCACAGGAAACAUAGCUACCUCGUUGCAGCGCCUCAUCGCAUCGGACCCGUUCAUACGCGACUUGAUCCCCACCUCAGUCAGACAUCUAUCGAUAAAAUCAGAGGGACUCGGUCCUUAUGACAAAGGUCUUGAUGCCUUGUUCGGUCGCUUUCGUGCGGUUCGCCGAUCCCAGCUACCGAACCUCCAAGAGCUACAUAUAGCCUGUAAACAGGAAGCGGACAAUACCUACAAACAACAGUGCAAUAAGAUCGUUGCGGAAGGAAAGAGAGAAGGCGUGAUUGUACAUUUGGAGGCGUAUGAGUAUUCGGGGGGUAUCAACUGGGAUGAGUAA